UAUAGUUUGGAUUGUUUAGUUUAGUUUAAAGAGAAAAUGAGCGCCAACAAGGCGGACGUUGUUCUUUGCGUAGAAAAGAAAUAAAGAACUUGUGAUAUAUUCAGACCUGGCGUUCCGACUCGACCAAUUCUAAAGAAAAACAUAUCCUGGAUUGUCGUCAAUCAACAAAUAGGCUAUUCUCCUUCUAGCAGUAUAAGUUCUGUAUUGCUAGAAUAGGCUAUUCCCCUUCCAGGAGCAUAAAUUCUAUGUUCAGAACCAUCGUGUAAACGUAGUUAUACAAACUUCUUUCAUCGCAAAACAAGACUCAUUUGUUAGAUUUUGGAACACACGCGAGGAUCCAGAUUGCUCCUAUCUGGGAGUUUCAAAUUACUUGGUGCUGGUAUUUGAUCCGAUCCCUCAUUGGAGAAAUACAGCCACUAAGGGAUAAAGAAGAAUUUAACAUUUCUUUAAACUUUUUUCACGAUGUCCAUGAGUUCAAAAAAGAGUUCAGGAGAGUCUAUCAUCCCAGAUAGUGCAGUUGUAGUGAAAGUGACCAGUGUAAUAAGUCCAUUUCAUAUACGAAUAUAUCAAAAGGAAAGUUAUUCUAAAAAACUUGAUGAAUUAUCAGGAAAAAUACAAAAAUACAUGAAAAGAAAGAAAUUUGAUGAUAGUUCUACACAUACUGAGGUCCAUUUACUGGAUCCUGUAAUUGUACGUACUAAAAUUGAUAAGGAUGUACACUCACCAGCAUGGUGGUGUCGAGGAAUUAUUACAAAUCCAUCAGAUGUUGAAAAUAUACAGUACAAUGUGUUCUUACCAGAUUAUGGUAUAUCAUUGGUUUUACCAUCUGAUAAUUGUGUUGUUACACCACGGCAUACAUUUAGUGAUGAAUACUUGACAUUCUCAGUUGGUCUACAUAAUGUUAUUCCAGCUGUAACGGAAUUGACUGUUAAAGAUGAUCAGCAAAUUACUUUAAUCCUACAGAGUGAAUGGAGUGCAGCAGCUAUUCAAUUCACCAAAGACUUACUGGUUGCAUCCCAAUGUAUAUAUUUUGAUUCUUGUGCUUUUGAUGGGGAAAAUAAACAAUACGGAGAAUUCUAUCUACUCAUAGAUGACGAAAUUAUUUCUCUUAGUGAAACAUUGGUAUCUAAUCUAUUUGCAGUAUACUUAGAUAAUGAUCUUUUAAGAGUAAUUGAUGAUCCAAAAUAUAAUGAUAAGUCUCAAAUUGUGCACUUUGACAAUGGGAACAUAGAAAUUUAUAAAAAAACCGAUGCAAAUGUAAUUAAUGGUAAACCAAAUUUGAAAACACACAAUAAACAUAAGAGAAUUUUCAGGAAUACUAUUGAAAAGGACUUACAGAAAAUUUUAAUUAAAAGUAAUGUUAAAUGCGCCCAAUUUAAAGCAGUGGCAGAUGCCAGAUUUGCUUUUGGAAUACAUCAGGUGUUAAAUUCUAAGUAUAUUACCAGACCUAAGCUGAUACAAUCCUACAUAUGGCCGGCUAUCGCAAAAGGCUUAAAUGUAGUAGCAAUUAGUCCACCUGAUUCGGGGAAAACUUUGGGAUACGUAUUGCCUAUAGCAAGUAUAAUAGCAUCUUAUGAAACGUUACCAAAAGGAACUGAACCAUUAGCAUUAAUUUUAUGCUCAUCUUCAUCGGAAGUUUUUUGUGCACGUGCAUUAUUUAUGGAAUACUUGCAGCAUUAUCAAAAUGUUAAAGUACUUGCAGGUUCUCAUGGAAUAUCCGACAAAUCAUUUGCGGCUCAAGUUUAUAACGGUUGUCACAUAUUAGUGGCGACGCCGCCAUUCUUGGCUCGAUUUCUAACUCGAAACAGAAAAAUAUUGAAAUUUCACAAACUCUGUCAUCUAGUUCUUGAUGGGGCUGAUAUUAUUCUAGAUAAACACUUCACUUCGUUAGGGGAAUUGUUCAAGAUACAUGACGUCAUACACAAUAGAGAUCGACAUGAUCUAGAUACGCCACUUCUACAAAUUGUCACUGUGUCUAGACACUGGACUUCAAUUUUGAGAAAAUUCGUCAUGACUUCGAUGGAUGAUCCUUACACGUGUAUAGGAUCAUUCAUGGAAGCCGCCGUGUACGCCGGCAUUAAGCCGACGCUUUGUAUGAUAAAAUUACAAAAUAAGACUCUUAAAGUAUUACAAUAUAUUGGUGAUCAGCCUAUAGUGCGGAGAACCAUGAUAAUCUGCAAUGAUACAGACGAGGUGAUAAAACUUGACGAAUUUUUACAGAAGCAUUCUUUAACAACUUUAUUAGCUCACGGGAAUAUGACUGGUUUUCAAUUGGAUGGCAUUAAGGAACUUUGGAACAUCAGUAUACCAGGACGUUAUCCAAUUUUAAUAUGCACUGACGAAGUACUACCGGAUUUAGAGAUAUCAAAUAUACAACAUCUGAUACACUAUUCAAUACCGAGAAGUACGAAAUCUAAAUUUUACUAUAGAUUCUCGACUUUAAUGGAUAACUGGAAAACAUCGUCAGGAAAUUCCACUUGUGAAUUGAUUAUUCUCUUAGACGAGACUAGCGAGUUACAGAUUUCGGGAGUCGUAGAUACUAUGGAAAAAUUAGGCAUGAAAGUAUCGGUUGACCUGAGAAAUACGGUAGAGCGCGUCGCCUACUUUCUUGAUAUGCAGAAGAAGGAAUAUGCGAUCUGCGAAUUUAUUAAAUCAUUAGGUUCCUGUCCAAAAAAAAAUUCUUGCCGCUACAGACACUGCGUGCUGAGAGAGACUGAUGUGCCUACGACAGAAAUUAGCAUAGGCGAUACUGCCAAGUUAUUACUAACGUACCAACACGAUGCAACACAUUAUUCAGCUAGAAUAUUGGAGUACAUCAAAGCUGAAAAUUCUGAAACAGUUGUCUGUUCGAUUGAAAAGCAUACGGAAUUGUACUCAAAGAUCCAAAAAUAUUAUUCGAAACGUGAUAACAGGAGAAUAAGCCGAACUAUAAACGUAGGUGGGAUCUACACUUUGGAACAUACUGUAGACAGUUUCCAACGUGUUCAAAUUUUGGACAUAGUUGAGAAAGAUAAGGAAGACAUGCCUAAUGUGGCGAGUGUUCGGUGUAUUGAUAGCGGUGAAAGAAUAUCAAGAGUUCGCGUAUCCCGCUUGUUAGAAAUACCCGAAGAGUUAGAAAUAUGGUCAAGCAAUAUAGUGGAAGUUUUCAUAACUAAUCUUGCUCCAUUCGAUCUGGAGUAUGUCUGGAAUCGGCAUGCCGAAAAUAUGGUUCAUAAAUGGCUGAAAGAAUAUUUAAAUUCUACUUCUUACGCGUGUGGAAAGGUGCAAUUAUGUUUGGGAAAUACCAUCUGGCUGAAUACGCUGGAAAUUCGUACUAAACUUAUUGGCUAUCCUGAUUUGGUUUGUUCAAAUCUGAAGACUGUUUUACUAGAAGAACAACAAGCUCUCGAAAACAAUAAUCACCUUCACAGUUUAUACGCGCUAUGUAAAGCUGGAGGAUUGACGAGUAUUAACGGUAAAAAAUUACCGUGGACUGAACAGGUAAAUUAAUCUGAUAUCUCCGCAAGGUCUGUCUUUAUACAGUAAUUAUAACAUGAAAUGCUUUAUUCAUUAUGGAAAGAAAAUAAAAGAACAAUUUUGUAUUUCUUGUUUUUCUAUUAAUAAAAAAAUGUAUUUUCUAUGUA